AUGUCUCCAAAUGUCCAGUGCGGGGUGUGCGUGUUUGUGUGUCACACAAUUGAAGCCUACCCUUCAAGGGUUCCAGGUGCUGGAGCAGGAGUUCCAGGAGCAGGGUACUACCCAGGAACAGCUGGCAUCGGAGGCGUAGGGGGCCACGGCGGCACAGGAGCUGGCAUUGGAGGUGGACUUGGAGGAACAGGUGGCCUAUAUCCAGGAGGUGUCUAUCCUGCUGGAUCUGCCGCUGCAGCCGCUGCAGCCUAUAAAGCCGCCGCUAAAGCUGGACUUGGUGUACCUGGUGGUGGCUUAGGCGGACAACCUGGAGGUGGCACAGGUGGACUACCUGGAGGUGGCAUAGGCGGACUACCUGGAGGUGGAGGUGGAGGGCUACCUGGAGGUGGCUUUGGUGGACUACCUGGAGGUGGAGGUGCAGGUCUACCUGGAGGUGGUGUGGGCGGAUUACCUGGUGCUGGUGGUGGAGUCAAGCCUGGGAAAAUCCCUGGUGUUGGAAUUCCAGGAGUCUUCCCUGGAGGCGUACUUCCUGGCACAGGAUACCGCUAUCCAGGUCUAGGAGUCUUGCCAGGAGUGGCAUCUGGAACAGGUGUCAAACAGAAAGUCCCAGGACUUGGAGGAAUUGGAGGUGGACAGCAACCAGGCCUACCUCUGGGUUAUCCCAUCAAGGCACCGAAACUCCCAGGUAGUUAUUAUGGAAAUCCUUAUGGUGCUGGCAAGCUGACUUUCGGCGGGGCAGGUGGUGCCUAUGCUGGAGGACUUGGAGGAAAACCUGGCUAUCCAACGGGUACAGGUGUAGGAGCUCAGGCCGCUGCUGCUAAGGCAGCCGCAAAAUAUGCUGCUGGACUUUUGCCUGGAGCAGGCGCUGGACUUUUGCCUGGAGCCGGGGGUGCCCUUGGCGGAGGAGGGCUGUUCCCUGGUGUUGGUGGUGCUGGAGGAGGACUAGGUGCCGGCGGAGCAGGAGUAGCGGCAGCAGUAGCUGCCAAAGUAGCAGCCAAAGCAGCAGCUUACGGUGGCAGAGGUGUCCCUGGAACUGGAGUGGGUGGUGGCGGCUAUGGUCUUCCUGGAACUGGAGUUGGUGGUGUUGGUCUUCCUGGUGUUGGUGGACUUCCGGGAGUUGGAGGAGGCGGACUAGGAGGAGUUGGUGUGGGAGGAAAUAUGUACAUGAAUGGAAUCCUAUAUGUGGUGGGAUUGCAGAAUGAGCAUGGAGAGGGCGGGUUCCAGGUGGCAUUGGCCCUGGUGGCGUCGGCCCUGGUGGCGUUGGCCCUGGUGGCGUCAUCAUCCCUGGUGGCGUCGGCCCUGGUGGCGUCGGCCCUGGUGGCGUCGGCCCUGGUGGCGUCAUCCCUGGUGGCGUCGGCCCUGGUGGCGUCGGCCCUGGUGGCGUCGGCCCUGGUGGCGUUGGCCCUGGUGGCGUUUUCCCAGGAGCCGGGACAGGAGGCAAGUCAGCAGCAGCUCUGGCAGCUAAGGCAGCAGCUAAAGCAGCAGCAUAUGUUCCUGGCGCUGGUGGUGGACUUGUGCCUGGCUUUGGCGGAAUCCCAGGAGGUGGAGUUCCUGGGGCAGCUGCAGCAGCGAAAGCAGCUGCUAAAGCAGCCAAAUACGGUCUCCGUCCCGGAGGUGGCGUCCUUCCUGGAGGUGGCGUCCUUCCUGGAGGUGGCGUCCUGCCUGGAGGUGGCGUCGUGCCUGGAGGUGGCGUCGUGCCUGGAGGUGGCGUCGUGCCUGGAGGUGGCGUCGUACCUGGAGGAGUAA